AGACAGACGUUAUCACACACACGUGGUUAUAACAUGGCUGCGCCCAGGCAGUGUAGGAUAAUAGACUGAACGAAGCAUAUUCGGUAGGCUGUAGAAGGAAAAUUGGAAACAAAUAACGAGCAACGGAUGUUAUCUGGAAGGAGUUUCAGCAGAUGCACGCUGGUGAAUAUGUCCAAAUGAUUUCGGUUCGUGCACAGCAUACGCUCUAGUGUGAGAUCAAGUCUGUGUGGAUGCUGCAAGACACACAGCAUAGCGCACCUUGGUAAAGUUCACAAUCGUUAACGUUACAGUGUGGGUUUAUGCAGCGCAAAUAUGUCAAGUCACGAACCAAUAAUCUCACAAACACCACCGAAAGGCGUGUUAGCCGAAGCUCUUUUUCAGAAAUUUGAGAAGCUUUCGCAGGUUGACAGAAACAUGUUUUCAUACGGACCCCUGUAUUUGGGGGGAAAUGCGGGUUUGGCUGGAUUAGUAGCAAACAGUUUAUUUCGCCGUGCUCUCAAUGUCACACAAGGGCGCAUAGUAUCCAGUCUUCCCAUGGCUACCUUACCCUUUCUGACCACUGUGGCACUGUACAAUGCAACCGUUUCAGGCCCCUUAGUUUUGGGAGAUCUAAACUGCCCUACGUGUGCAGUGAUCAGAGGUGCUUUGGUUGGAGUGGUGGGCGGUGGCGUCUAUCCUCUUCUGUUGGCCCUACCCGUCAAUGCAGGGCUUGCAUCCAGAUACAACACAGCACCUAUGCCAGAGAAGGGAAAUAUCAUACGAUUUUGGAUGAUGAUCGGUCAACCCAUUGCGAGAAAAAUGGGCUUUGUAUUUGUGUUGCAAGCCUUCUUCGGGACCUUCCUUGCCUCCAAGCAUUUUGACAUUUAUAUCAAGUUGCUCAAACUUGUAGAUCUGGCUCAUGAAGACCUUCACGAUUAAGGUUUCUCUGUAAUUUUUGUACAGAAAUUAAACUGACAAGUGUUUUUAAA